AUGGCUCAGGAGAAGAUGGAGCUGGACCUGGAGCUGCCUCCUGGUGCAGGCGGGAGCCCAGCAGAAGGUGGUGGAGGGGGCCUGCGGAGGUCUAACAGCGCCCCCCUGAUCCACGGCCUCAGUGACACCUCGCCGGUGUUCCAGGCCGAGGCGCCGAGCGCCAGGCGGAACAGCACAACGUUCCCGAGCCGCCACGGCCUGCUGCUGCCCGCCUCGCCUGUCCGCAUGCACAGCAGCCGCCUGCACCAGAUCAAGCAGGAGGAGGGCAUGGACCUCAUCAACCGCGAGACGGUGCACGAGCGCGAGGUGCAGACCGCAAUGCAGAUCAGCCACUCCUGGGAGGAAAGUUUUAGCCUGAGUGACAACGACGUGGAGAAGUCCGCCUCCCCGAAGCGAAUCGAUUUCAUCCCGGUGUCACCGGCGCCGUCGCCCACGCGGGGCAUCGGAAAGCAGUGUUUUUCACCAUCCUUGCAAAGUUUUGUGAGUAGCAAUGGAUUGCCUCCCAGCCCCAUUCCCAGCCCGACGACGCGAUUUACGACCCGGAGGAGCCAGAGCCCCAUCAACUGCAUUAGGCCAAGUGUUCUUGGACCAUUAAAAAGAAAAUGUGAAAUGGAAACUGAGUAUCAGCCAAAGAGAUUUUUCCAGGGCAUCACCAACAUGCUUUCGUCUGACGUUGUACAGCUGUCAGAUCCCAGCGUGUGUGUAUCUUCCGAGACCCUGGAUGGAAACAGCAGCAGUGCCGGCUCUUCCGGGAACUCACCAGCGAAAGUCAGCACGACCACCGACUCUCCUUUGUCGCCUGCCCAAGCAGCCUCCCCAUUUAUCCCCGUAGAUGAACUUUCAUCUAAGUGA